CACUUUUCCAUGUUAGCUAUUCUAUAUAUAAUGUAGAAAGAAUGUAUUAAUAGAAGUAACCAACUACUGCUUAGCCUAGAAUCUCUGGUUUUGCAAGAAAUGAAUACUUCAGUCUUCUAUAUUCUCUUCUUCUCUUCCAUAUUUCUAAGCAUAGAUUCUUUUCAAGUCAACUGCAGCGACUCUGCUCCUGAUAUUCAUUUUCCUUUCUGGAUAUCAAAUCAGCACCCCCAGCACUGCAAUAAUCACCCAGCUUUUGAACUUUCUUGCAAAGAAAACACCACCAUGAUUUAUUUUCCAUGUUAUGGAGAUUUGGGUGUGAAAUCCAUUUCCUAUGACAUUAAAAAAAUCGAUCUUUUUGAUCCGAAGAAUUGUGUUCAUCAAGUCUUUCUCAAUCUCAACCUUUCUCAAACACCAUUCAGAUAUUACUAUCUUGUCAAGGACUACACAUACCUUAAUUGUUCAACAACGCUCUCACCUUCUUUUGUAGAGAUUCCAUGCUUAAGUGGGUCGAAACAUCAUGUUUAUACUGUAGAUUCCUCUUUUUCUGUGCCGGUUUCUUGCAGGGUAGUUAAAACUGUCGCCGUUCCAUUUGCAUACUCACCUUUUCUUGCUGAUAAUAGUUUUGGCCUUGGAUUAACUUGGAGCUUGCCUGGAGAUGAUUAUAAAGGUUUUUCAAUCAAGAAGUCGAUUUUAGGUGAUAUCUAUGGCCAGUUGUUGCAGAUUUUGUUAUGUAUUUUGGCAGCAAUGGUGCUUGUAGGCAUAAAGAUCUAUCAUUCAAAGAAGCAGAAUACGCAGAUAGAUGAUGAGAGUCUUCUUGUUCUUGGGGUUAGAGGACACUGUAAAAUUCAAGAAAACAGGGAAUGGUUGACAGAUACACUGUCGAUGACCAAGUUAAACCUAAACUAGUAGAAAAAUUUUUAAUCAGCACAUUUGUUAACUUGUUUCUUU